UGUACUCCGUUCGAAACGCACGUGCUGACCGCGAGACCGAGCGCGCGCGCUGAACAGUGCAGUGUAUCGUCCUGUAAAAAAGUGACUCGAACGUCGGCGCUCUCCUCCGAUCGGCACUGGAACGGACGAUUCGAAAGUGUGCGUGCGCGUGUCCGUUGAAUCGGGGAAAAGGAACAGAGGAGUUGUCGGUGCUGAAAGAGGUGACCCAAGGAAAGGGAGAAGAGAUCGAGUAUAUAUCAUAUAGGUUGUCGUUGCCUGCGUCUUCUCCUUUCUCAUCGCUGUCGCCGUCGUCGUUGUCGUCAUCGUUGUCGACUACUUGGAAAUGGCAUUAGGUGCACAGAUCGAGACCUCGGAGACCGGCGGAGACAACGCGAAGAUUCCCCUUCUAAGCAGCGAACAGGAACACGAGACUGCCAAGGAGACAACCGAAGUGAAAAAGGAGGUGGAAGAGAGCGGUAGUACGAGCACAGCCACGGAGAACGUUGUCGAGAAGGGAGAAGUCGAGGCGACUAAGGAGAGUGAGAAGGAGAAGGACAAUAAGAAUAGUGAUAAGAAUGAGAAGGACGCGGAUACCGACAAGGAAAAAGAUGCCACGAACGAACAGGAGGUUGUCUUCAUUCAGGACAUGGGUUUUACCGUCAAGAUCGUCAGCCCUGGUUCCGAGCCUUUCGAUAUCCAGGUGUCGAGCAUGGAGCUCGUGCAGGAAAUUCACCAACUACUCAUGGAUCGCGAAGACACGUGCCAUCGUACGUGCUUCUCGUUGCAAAUGGACGGCAACACGCUGGACAAUUUCGCCGAGUUGAAGAACAUCGAAGGCCUAAAGGAUGGCUCGAUCAUCAAAGUGGUGGAGGAGCCGUACACGAUGCGAGAGGCGCGCAUACAUGUGCGACAUGUGCGCGACUUGCUCAAGUCGGUGGAUCCAGCGGACGCUUACAACGGCGUGGAGUGCAGCAGCUUGUCGUUUCUCAACAUAGUCACGAACGGCGAUAUCUUGGAGAAGAAAAAGACCCGGGCGGACUCUGUUGAUUGCACACCACCGGAUUAUAUUAUACCUGGUUGCAAGGACAGGCCGCUGUUACCGUUGCAGCCGCAAGCGAAGGAGCAGAAGUGUCCGCCAUGUUUAAAAGUUCUAACAACGUCAGGAUGGAAUCCACCGCCCGGUCACAGAAAGCUCCACGGCGAUUUGAUAUACCUGCACGUAGUCACUUUGGAAGACAAACAGUAUUACCUGACUGCAUGUGCCAGAGGAUUUUUCGUCAACCAAUCGACCAAAGAAGUAUUCAACCCGAAGCCGGCGACGCCGAGUCACCUGUGUCACAGUCUUAUCGAACUGCUGAACCAAUUGAGCCCAGCGUUCAAGCGAGGAUUUGCCGCCAUGCAACGACGUAGGACUCAGAGGCAUCCUUUCGAACGAGUGGCCACACCGUAUCAGCUUUACGCAUGGAGCGCGCCGCAAAUCGAGCAUACCAUCGAUGCCAUUCGCGCGGAAGACACGUUCUCGUCGAAACUGGGAUACGAGGAACAUAUCCCCGGACAAACUCGCGAUUGGAACGAGGAGUUGCAGACCACGAGGGAGUUACCACGUAAAAAUCUUCCCGAGAGAUUACUGCGAGAGCGUGCCAUUUUCAAGGUCCACAGCGACUUUGUGGCCGCUGCAACUCGCGGGGCGGUGGCUGUCAUCGAUGGUAACGUGAUGGCAAUUAAUCCCGGGGAGGAAGCUAAAAUGCAAAUGUUCAUCUGGAACAAUAUCUUCUUUUCACUUGGCUUCGACGUGCGGGAUCACUACAAAGAAUUAGGUGGCGACGCUGCGGCUUUCGUUGCGCCUCGCAAUGAUUUACAAGGUGUUCGAGUCUACGCAGCUGUUGAUCUACCUGGUCUGUAUACCCUCGGCACCGUUGUCAUUGAUUACAGAGGCUACCGCGUCACCGCACAAUCCAUUAUACCGGGUAUAUUAGAGCGUGAGCAAGAGCAGUCGGUAGUAUACGGAUCGAUCGACUUCGGCAAGACUGUACUCACACACCCGAAAUAUCUUGAAUUGCUGAACAAGGCCGGGCAGCAGCUGAAGAUUCUCCCGCACAAGGUAAUCAACGAUGCCGGUGAGGAAGUUGAACUCUGCAGCAGUGUGGAAUGCAAGGGAAUAAUCGGCAACGACUCGCGACAUUACGUGCUAGAUCUAUUGAGGACCUUUCCGCCUGACGUGAAUUUCCUCAAAUUGGAAGGCGUAGAGCUGAGCAAGGAAGCGCGAGCUCUCGGAUUCCCGGUCGAGCACAAGCACAGAUUGGCUUGUCUACGUCAAGAACUGAUAGACUCGUUCGUUGAAGCACGAUACGUUCAGUUCAUCAAGCACGCGGCUGUUCAUCUGCAACAGCUCACGUCAGCUAGGAGGUCUCAGAAGGAGAAAGAAACGGCUGCUAAGAUAAACGAUGACAAGAAGGAAGAUCCGGCUAUUCCUGUAACAACGGUUGAUAGUAACAAGGAAGAUUGCGCCCAAUCACUGAUAGAGGCUGAUGAAGCUAAGAAGAUCGUCGAGAGCAUCACUGACUCGAUCACGGGGGGCGAAAAACAGGAAAUGGAGGAAAGCACGAAAGAAGUCGUACGAAAAGCUGCGGAAGCGGUGGGUAGUUUGCGAGACGCCGAAUUCGAUGUAAGGUUCAACCCGGAUGUGUACUCGCCGGGCGUCAAGCAUCCUGAUCCUAAUGGCGUCGAACUGAAGAAACAGAAACAAUUGGUAAAGGAUGCUGCUGAUUUCCUGCUUACGAUGCAGCUGCCGACGUUCAUUCGAGAAUGCCUAGACCAUACAGCGGCAUCGAUGGACGGUGGCACGUUGGUGGAAGCUCUUCAUAGUAAAGGCAUCAACGUCCGGUAUCUCGGCAAAUUAGCAGCAAUGUUAGCCGCGGUACCGCAGUUGCAGUAUCUUAAUCAUAUUGCUGUAUCGGAGCUGAUUCUUCGAUCGGCUAAACACAUUUUCACCUCUUAUAUGCAGGUAUUAAUAUUUAAGAAUCGAAAGGGUACAGAGCUGAUGAGUCUCUCGGCGGCUGUUAGUCAUUUUCUGAAUUGCUUACUGUCCUCAGCGCAAAUUAUACAUCCGCAACAAAAUCUAGAGGAGCUUCAGAGCAAAACUGCCAAACGUCGCAACAAACGCAAGGGCAGGAACAACGGACCGCAACAGUCCGAGGUUGAGUGGGCGUCUUUGACACCUAAAUCAUUAUGGCAGCAAAUCAAAGGCGACUUAAAGGCCUACUACGACUGGGAAACGCCGAGUCCGGAGUCCUUAGAUGCCACGAUAGAGCAUUUCCAUCUACAGAAGAUCUCAUUGCUGCGUGGUUUCUGCAUUAAGACUGGCAUUCAGAUAUUGCUGCGCGAAUAUAACUUCGAGAAUAAGAACCGGGCGACAUUCUUCGAGGAAGAUAUACUGAACAUUUUCCCUGUCGUCAAGCAUAUCAAUCCUAGGGCCAGCGACGCGUACAACUUUUACACCACUGGCCAGAGUAAGAUUCAACAAGGAUAUCUAAAGGAUGGAUAUGAACUAAUCAGCGAGGCAUUGAACCUUUUGAACAACGUGUACGGUGCUAUGCACCCUGAGAUAGCACAGUGUCUCAGAAUGCUGGCGCGUCUGAAUUAUAUAAUGGGCGAUCACGCGGAAGCGCUUGCCACUCAACAGAAAGCCGUUCUCAUGUCAGAGAGAGUCAACGGCAUCGACCAUCCGUACACCAUUACAGAAUACAUACACCUCGCCCUGUACUCAUUCGCCAACGGCCAAGUAUCCGUAUCAUUGAGAUUACUGUAUAGAGCGCGUUACCUAGCUCUCUUGGUAUGCGGUGAAGAUCAUCCGGAAGUAGCCCUGCUUGACAGCAAUAUUUCCCUGAUUCUGCAUGCUGUCGGCGAGUACGAGUUGUCCUUGCGCUUCCUGGAGCACGCGUUGGCAUUGAAUCUACGUUAUCACGGUGCGCGUUCACUGAAAGUAGCGAUGUCGUAUCAUUUGGUAGCGCGUACGCAGUCCUGCAUGGGUGACUUCCGUGCGGCGCUGAACAACGAGAAGGAAACAUACGCAAUCUACAAGCAGCAGCUGGGUGAGGAGCACGAGAAGACAAAAGAGAGCAGCGACUGCCUUCGUCACUUGACGCAACAGGCGGUUGUAUUGCAGAAGAAGAUGAACGAAAUCUACACGGGUAAGUCGGGCGUGAGCCUGCCGCCGAUCCAAGUGCAACCACCAAGCAUGGGCUCUGUGCUGGACAUGCUGAACGUCAUCAACGGCAUCCUCUUCGUGCAAAUCAGCCAGCAGGACAUCGACAAUUUUAAAGCGGAAAUUGAGAAGCGGCAAAAGGAGCAGUCACCCUCUGUGGACUGCGGCGGCGGCAGUGGCAGCAGCAGUAGCGAAGCUACCAACAAGGCAAUUGAGGACAGUUGCAAGAAAGACGAUAAGGAGACGAGGAAGAUGCUAAACAAUGUGGCGGAGAGGAAGAUCGAGCCGAAGAUAGAGACGAAGAAGCUGGAGGAAUCCGAUGAAGCGGCGACGUUAGAGCCAGUCGUGACGGCAGAAAGCUGAGCCUUUGGCUCCGCCAUCGCGAACGACGAACGAAUAUUAGUAGUCUUACCUUUCUCUUUUUUCUAAGCCCUAGUCCUUUUCCGAUGUGCUCGCUGCAUGCGCGCAGCGUUUUCGUCCCGAAGACUUCGACGACGACGACGACGACGACAACCUGGAGCGCAAAAUAAAGGACCGUCGUAUACUUUGAUUAUGUUUGUUAUUUGUACCGUUUUAUUGUGCUCUUUCAGGAUCGAUUCAUACACCUUCAUACAUCAGUGACGUAUUCGAAUCAGUGUUGUGAUUUUCCUCUAAUGUCACACAUAUAAGUGGACAUGUUCGUGAGCACGUUAAAUGUCGUACCGUCAUCUUGUUUUGCUGUUCCCUUGUACUCGUGUAAGGAAGAUCUCAACGCUGAAAAGAGCAAACAUGUCGUUGAUAUUGUGUAUAAAUCAAUCUUAAAGCUAUUAGUCAGUCAGGCUACGAGAACGAGACUGUUACAAGAUAAGACGCGAAGCUACAACAUUUGUUGUCGAUGGCGUGCUUACGAAAAAGAAGUACAUUCGCUGAGAUCGAACAUGGUAGACAACGAUCUCGCCUGAGCACGCGAAACGCACACUCAUUUGUUAUAUCAGAUGUACAUAACGAAAUGAAGUGCCAUGUCGCUUGGAAAUUAUUCGAUGCAAACACGUUAGAUAGUCAACGACGAGAUAAUCAGUAAAACUCCUCGUCACUUCAAAUCGAAGAGCCAUAUGCGAUUCUCUAAUCAUACGCCCUACGACGCAAUUUCAUUGAGAGCUCGAAUACAUUCAUCGCGCGACAACGCAACGGCGAUAAACGGUGAUCGUUGAUGACGGGCCGAUGAAUUCGCCAACACUCGAUAACAUUCGAUGAUCGCAUGAUUAAACAGCGAAUUCACAUUAGAUUCCGGAAACUGAUUGUUUUUUUUUCCGCUACUACCUACUUUUUAUGUGUUGUAUUUCUUAUAUUUUAAAUCGCAUUAAUAAUUUUAUACUAGUGCCUUUUUGUGAGAUCAUUGUUUCCUUUUUCUAUCGUGUUAUUGUAUGUCGCUCGAAUCUGAUUGCCACCGAUAAGAGUCUUCUUUUUCUUUCGGUUUUUUGUUAGCUUUUAAUUUGACACUCUAAUCUUUCAUGAAAUUCAAUCUGCUCGUUUAUUACGUAUGAAACAGCUGAGGAACCGACCGAUCAAGUUUCAAUGAUCUCAGAUAUUUUAACAUGCCUGCGCGUUCUAUAUAUAAAUAACAGUUUUAUUUAAGACAACUUUACACACGGACGCUGAAAAAUUAUGUACUGUAUAUGGUGUGUUUUAAAUUUUUCUGAAAAAGGAAUAGUGUCAAAUUAAGGGUUGAACUAUACACGCGCGAGAAAGUGUGCUUCCAGUUAUUUUCACGAAUAAUCUCAAAUUUUUUAGAUUUAUGAUCCGCGACAGGAUUCUACUUGAAUUCUGUUGCUGUGUAAUUAUAGAAAACCACUCGAUGGAGUAAUCGCGUUUAAUAACUAUUAAUCCUCAAGUGUUUCUUACAUUGUACAACAGGUAAAAUUGUGUAAAUAGUAUUCCGUUCCGUGAUUAUAGAUCGUGUCAAACGCGUUUUAUCCUUAACAGACAUACUUAAUUGUUAUAAGGUGUUUGCCACACCGCACACUCAACACACUUGAUAUCCGUACGCACAUGUUAACGCUACCCCUUGAUAUUCUCGCUCUUGAAGAUGUGGUAGUGAUAAAAAAAAAAAGAGAGUACAGCACAAUGUAUGACAUUGUGGCAUAUUCUAAUCAUAUUCAUUAAUAUAGAGUAUUGCGGUAACAGAUCGUUAGUGGAGUUACCGCGAUUGUAGUUUGACUUGAAGAUUGCUAGCGUUUUCGCUAUUAUAGUCUUUAGCUCAUAAGAGAGAACGAGAAUCGAUUGUUACCAAGCUCCAUUAGAAUUAAGAUCCAUUUCUUUUUGUUCGUUGUGUCCGCUCUGCUCCAUUAGAUAUGUCCGCGGUUUGAUUCAACGUUUCCUUCCCUUUUUGUUCCCUCAACAUGUUACACGCAUACAUAUGUGUUUCGUCGCGGUCUAAUCAACGAGCGAGAUAUAAUGAUCCAAAGUAGUCACAAAAUAUCAUUAAUUACCGAAGAAAAUAGCGCCGAUUCAUUUCUCGAUGACCCCCUCGUAGAUUUUAAGCAACUUAGGCCUGAAAAAAUGCACCGUUGCCUGCAAUAAUAUUAAGAGCGGAAUGAACGAGAGAUCGAAUGAUCAAUUUACCGCUGUGCGGAGUGAUGUAUCAUCACGACGUACGGAUCUCCCCUCGCCGUCUCUCGACGGGCUCUCAUUCGCAUCGCAAUAAUAAUUAUAAAUUGCACUUGUUAGCCAUGUUGUAUUAUAAAAAAAGGAAUAUAGCUUAUUAAGACUUAUCCUCUGCCCUCCUAAUCCAAAAGGGCGUAUUUCAGUUUUUAUGUUUCCAGUAUUAAAGAUUUUGUAUAAAAAUCGAUCAGAAUAAACAAUAUGAAAUAAUUAA